AUGGCAGCAGUAAUCACAAAUGGGGCUGCGACGAAUAGCAUUGCCCCUUUUCAUUCAUCUCCGGUUCAAGAUCAAAAGAAGAUUGACCAGGCCUUGAGAACUUUCCGAUGUUUGAUUGCAGAUUUAUGCGAACAGUUCAAUGGAGGCCACCCAGGUGGUGCAAUGGGCAUGGCCGCGAUUGGCAUCGCUCUCUGGAAAUACACCAUGAAAUACUCCCCAACAAAUCCUAACUACUUCAACCGUGAUCGCUUCGUUCUCUCAAAUGGCCACACAUGCUUAUUCCAAUAUACGUUCCUUCAUUUGGUCGGCUACCCUGCGAUGGCAAUGGAACAACUAAAAUCGUACCAUUCGGCUUGUACUAAUUCGAUAUGCCCCGGUCACCCGGAAAUCGAGCACGAUGGAAUUGAAGUCACCACUGGGCCACUGGGACAAGGAAUUGCGAAUGCCGUAGGACUAGCAAUGGCAACAAAGCAUCUUGGAGCUCGUUAUAACAGACCUGGAUUUGAAAUUGUUAACAAUAUGACUUGGUGCAUGAUUGGUGAUGCAUGUCUUCAAGAAGGCGUAGCGUUGGAAGCUAUCCAGCUUGCUGGACACUGGAAGUUGAAUAACUUAGUUGUCAUUUAUGACAACAACCAGAUUACCUGCGACGGCAGCGUGGAUCUCUGCAAUACAGAAGAUAUCAACGCAAAAAUGCGAGCAUGUGGUUGGGACGUCAUCGAAGUCGACGACGGCUGCUACGAUGUCCCUGCGCUCGUUGCGGCUCUAGCACAGGCCCGAUCCAACAACAUAAAGCCAACAUUCAUUAAUGUCCACACACUCAUCGGUAUUGGGAGUAAAGUCGCUGGUGAUGCUAAGGCUCACGGUGUGGCAUUCGGAGCGGAGGAUGUUGCGUCCAUCAAGACGAGAUUCGGCAUGGACCCAGAGCAGCACUUUAUCGUGCAAGAUGAGGUUUAUGAUUUCUUCCGUGAUGCGGUACCAAGAGGCGAAACCUUUGAAAAUGACUGGAAGCAAUUGCUCGAGCAAUAUGCGAAGGAGUACCCUGAAAUGCAUCAAGAGUUCUCGCUGAGAGUACAAGGAAAGAUGACUGAUGAUUGGACUAAGAUCCUACCCUCAAAAGAAGAGUUUCCUACCAUCCCUACAGCAUCUCGAAAGUCUGCGGGGCUCUGCUGUAACCCGCUGGCUUCGAAGUUGCACAAUAUGAUGGUGGGAACUGCUGAUUUGACGCCUUCGGUUAAUAUGGCUUGGAAGGGGAAAGUUGACUUUCAAAAUCCUGAUUUGAAGACAACCUGUGGUAUUAAUGGAGACUACAGCGGACGUUAUAUCCAUUGGGGUAUCAGGGAACAUGCCAUGGCCGCGAUCUCCAAUGGAUUGGCAGCCUUCAACAAAGGAACAAUCCUCCCGGUCACCUCUACAUUCUUUAUGUUCUAUAUCUAUGCCGCUCCAGGUGUCCGAAUGGGUGCCCUACAAGGCCUCCAACAAAUCCACAUUGCCACUCACGAUUCGAUUGGUACAGGUGAAGACGGCCCUACGCACCAGCCUAUUGCUCUGGCAGUCUUGUAUAGGGCAAUGCCUGACAUCCUUUAUAUCCGUCCAUGUGACAGCGAAGAGACUGCCGGAGCUUUCAUUUCGGCUCUCAAAGCAACAUCCUCCCCAACGAUCAUUUCACUUUCUCGCCAAAACCUAGAACAAUAUCCACAUUACUCGUGCAGAGAAAAGGCACAAAAGGGCGCAUAUGUCUUUGUCGAAGAAGAAGAUGCUGAUGUGACAUUGCUCGGUGUCGGUGCCGAGAUGGUAUUCGCUAUGCGUACACGGCAUCUUCUGCAGGAAAAGUUUCAGAUCAAAGCUCGCGUCGUCAGCUUCCCGUGCCAAAAACUUUUUGAAAGCCAGAGCAUCGAAUAUAAGAGGAGUGUACUGAAAUAUCAGUCGAUCCCACGUGUGGUCAUUGAGGCCUACGCUGUGAAUGGAUGGGAACGCUAUGCUGAUGCAGGAUUCUCCAUGUCUUCUUUUGGACAUUCUUUGCCUGGUGCAGCGGCAUACAAAUAUUUCGGAUUCGAUGAGCAAAUUAUUGCUCCUGAAGUGGCCAAACUUGUGGGUGAUGUCAAACUGAAUGGUCUUGAUUCUUUGCGGGGAGAAUUCAGGGAUCUGAACCCAAUCCACCACUAG